CAUUAUACUGUGCACCACCCACUAGUAUUAUGUCAAUAAAAGGAAUGGAUGCCUUACAGACUACAUUUUGUGAAAGUGAUCUAAACAAAGUUCUGACAUCUAAAGAAUUAAAACCAACAAAUUUUAAAAAUAACUCUCACUCUGUCACAUUACUAGAAAACUUACAGUCUCAACGCAAAAAUGAAGUUUUAUGUGAUGUUAGAUUUGAAGCAGAUGAUGGUAAAAUAGUAAUUGGACAUAAAAAUGUUUUAAUCGCAGCUAGUCCAUAUUUCUGUGCAAUGUUUACUAGUAAUUUUGAUGAGAGCAAUAAAGAUAUUGUCAAAAUAAGACAAAUAGAUUCAAGUAUUUUACAACAAUUAAUUGAUUAUGUUUAUACAGGAGAAAUCACGAUAACAGAAAAAAAUGUAGAGGGUCUAUUAUCAGCUUCAAGUAUCUUACAGCUAGACUAUGUAAAAGGUGCAUGUGCCAAGUUUUUACAAGCACAACUGGAUCCAACAAAUUGUCUUGGAAUCAAAGCGUUAGCUGAUUUAUAUAACUGUAUGGAAUUGUUGUUGAGUUCUGAAACUUUUAUUCAAAAACAAUUUAUAGAAGUGGUGAAAUAUGAUGAGUUUCUAUCUUUAUCUUUCGAAGCAGUGGUUAAGCUAAUAUCCUCUAAUAACAUCACUGUACCAUUUGAAGAAAAGGUAAGCAAACUAAUUGAUAAUUGUUAUCAUUAAUAUUGUGAAUGGAAGAUCAACUUACUUAACAUAUAAAUUUAAUGUUAUAUUAUAAUCUUGUAUAUUGUACAGAGGGACUUGAGGGAGUGUAUUUAUAAUGCAUAAUAUGAUCAUGUGAGUUGUUUUGAGAUUUAGCCAUUUAACCUCUACAAACUACAAAGGUAUCAUAUUUAAUAUUUAUACUUCUUCAUUUAAGCUACAGGCUGUGAGACUAUUAUUAAUUAAACUAUUUACACAACCUUGUAAAUCUUAGCAAAAUUGUAGAGAUCUAUUGCUACCUCUUAGGCAGUUGUUAGAAUAAUAAAGUGAUAUUCGUCCUUACAAACUUAAUGAAAGUCAUUGUUGUAGUCCUACAAAGCAGUCCGCACCAUCUGUGGUUAAUUUUAUAUUAGACACAGUAUUCUUUUAUCAGUCAUUUGAAAUAUUUUUAAUACUAAUAUCGGUUUAAAAGUGUUAAAAUGUAAGUAAUAUGUAUACAUUUCUUGGUCUUCUAUUAAAUGGCAGAAACCAAAAGCCUAAUAUAUCUAAUACAUAAAACAAAAUAAUUUUGUGAUCCAGCAUUCAAAAUUCUUUAAAUUUGUUAUAAUAAUCAUUGUAUGGUGUAAAAAAUAAAUUUUUAUUUUUGUGUGUGUACACGAUAAGUAGUCGAAAUAAUGCUUUGCUUUUCAUAUUUUCCGGUGGCAAAGUGAACCUAGUAGGUGCAUUGGGAUCAGGGACUAAAAUUGUGUGUAAAUGCUAAGUGUGGAAUACGAAAUUAAAAAGUGUGUAAUGGCCUGUAAUAACUAUAGUAACUUUUUUCAUAGUUUUUUUCUUCAUUAAUUAAAAAAUUAUUUGAUUUUACAUUGGGAAAUAGAUAGAUAGAAAUUUAAAAUUUUUAAAAUAUUAUCAAACAAUAGUUA